AUGCCUUUAAUACAUGAUUUUACAUAUCCAUCAGUGACUGAACUGCGUUAUAAACAUCUGCGCUUCCUUAUUACGGAUAGUCCCAACGACGAUAAUGUUCAAUCGUUUGCUGAAGUUUGUUCGAAAUACGGAGUAACAUCUGUAGUACGCGUAUCGGAAAAAACCUACGAUACAAAGUUGUUAGAAGCUGCUGGGAUUAGAGUUUAUAAUUUGGAAUAUCCUGAUGGAAGUGCGCCCGAUUCAUUAGUUCGUGAAAAAUGGUUGAAUAUCGUUAAAGAAAAUAAGAAUGGCUGCAUCGCUGUACACUGUAUUCACGGCCUUGGACGAUCACCUGUGCUUGUUGCAAUGGCCUUGCGCGAAGCAGGAAUGAAUCGACAAGAAUCAAUCGAUUUUGUUCGUGCACGUCGUCGUGGUUCAUUUAAUGUUCGACAACUUGAAUUUCUUCAAAAUUAUCAAUCAGCCCAUCGUCUCACCGAUAAACAUAUCGGUUGUAUUAUCAUGUAA